GUAAUUUUACAUUUAUUCCGUUGACUUAUGGAUCCAGCCCACUCCCCACGUCCGUCAGGUUCGAGCAGUUAGAAUCUCGACGGCGACCAGAACGAGGUGAGCGGCAUCCAUCGGGCGAUGCCGUGGUGCUUGAUGGUUUGGCUCGGGCGGGCGGCGGCGUGGGGCAAGUCCAUGGCGGCAAGUCUCCUGCGGUGCUCACCGACCCUGCUCGGUUUCAGUGGCACACCUCCCUGUUUUAUUUCAGUGAGGCGAUGCGGUGAGCGACGGCAGGCAGGCGAUGCGGCGUGGUGUGCGGUGGCCCUCCUGGCGGCGCUGCAGUUGAGUCCAAAUCCUUGUUAUUGGAACAGGAGGAGAUGUGGAAACCAUGUGGUGAGAUCAGACAUCCUCUGCCCCAAGAGCAGGUGGUGCAGGCGUGUAGCCUCGCAGGUGUUCCUCGGCAUCAGGUACAUUUGCCGUGGCAUGCUUGUUGAUGUGAUCUGCAUCUCCAUCUCGUCCUAACACAACAGUGGGCUGCCAGUUCUUCGCCGCCGAAUCUCUUCAAUUUUGCUUUCUCUCCGUCAAUUUACAUGAGUAUGUGUCAAUUUAAACUUAUUUGCAGGUGCGAUUAUGUGGACUCUUGAGUUUUGACCAGAUCUAAACUUAUUCCAGAUUUCGGACUAGUGAAGUUUUCCACCCUGCAACUGUGUAGAUAUGCUGGAAAAGCAAAGAAAAGGCACACCAAGUAAUUAAGGUGUAAUCCUUGUCAUUUUACUGGGCAGGUGCAAUCAUACUCUUUAAAAUGCCGACAUUGCGAGAGUAAAAUAAAGUAUGUUAGGAAUAUUGUUCUUGAAUUGAUUCAGUAAAAAAAUCCUAGUUUAACUCAUGCUUUUGUGUUAAACGACAUACACUCAUAUUAAGGAUUGACGUUCUCAUUUAUCGUAAUGUACAAAUGAUGAGUGUACAAUGGCUACUAAGGGUGUAUAGGUCUAAUUAACAGAUCACAGAAAGGAGAGGAGGAAGCUGAGCUCCGCUCUUUCUUCUGUCUAGGAGAAGUUUCUUUUUCCUUUUUAAAGACUGAACCUUAUAUUGGGUUUGUAGGGAAAAUUUCUCUGCCUCUAUUGAUCGUAUCCUAUUCAGUAGUAUACUACUAGUACCGUGGCAUACCAAUUAUUUGGACAGAUCAAAAGGCAAGUUAAAGAUCAGUUAGAUAAAUGCUACUGUCCUCACACAUCUCACAUCUCAUUUGGCUUCCUACAUACCUGAACACACAUUUAUGCAGUCACACAUCUCACCUUGAUUAGUUUGCAAAUUUUGCUUGGAUAGGUACUAUAUACAGUUGUCUUCUCUAACUUGUUAUACUCGUUCAUUGAAUUUACAGUGUUUGAAUCCUCCAGAGAAUAGAAAGAGGACAUUAGCUAGUGUGAAAAAUGACAACACAACUUGGACUUGCUUCUAUCAACUUGAAUGCCGAGAUCCAAUCAUCACAAGCAUCUUCAUCUGUAACAAACAUCAAUCCUGUGAGCGUUAGUUCAAGAGCCUGUAUUCUAUGGUGUAGUAAAAAGAUAUACGAGAAGUUGUUCCCACUGCUCCUACAAGAAGAUUAAGUUGAAGAAGAAAAUUUCUUGUUCUGGCUGAUGAUUAUUGCCAUUCAAUUUACCCGUAUUUUUUAUUCCAUAUAAUUGUUAUGGCUCUGGUGCUUAAUUUCCACUGGAUUUCUUGUUGUUUUUAAAAGAUAUAUGCUAUACAUGUCUCUUCCA